AUGCGCAUCCGAGCCCAUGCCGACGGGUUGCGCAGAGUCAACGCAGCUAACCGCUUCGUAGCCUCCGAGCUGAUGCCCGUAUUCUUUCGAGACGACCGCGUGCUCUUCCACGCCAAGCGCCGUUGGUUCAAAGGCACCAUUCGUCGCCGCAUCCCGAGGUCGGACUUCUACAACGUUCGAGCUGAUAACGGCACGUUGUUUGAAGCUGUCCUGGCAUCCAAGAUGGAGCUGCUCGAUGAACCGGAGGAAGUGCCUUACUACCACUACACCCGAGGCGACAAGGUUCUCUGGAUACCUGCCAGCAACGAAGAGCCAUUCGCACUCAACAGCACAACUACCACAGCAAGACACAACAGGAGGGGGCGACAACGGAGCAACAAUUCCGACGAAGAGCUCACGUACAAGGCGAAGAUCGUGCAGGUGCGUUCAUUGGACCAGUUCGAUGUGCUGCUGCGCACUGGCCGCGUCGUCAAGAAGGUGCCGUACGAGCAGCUCCGGCCACAGGACGCCUCCGAGUUCGUAUCUACAACCGCGUCACGGCGCCGGUAA